GAAUUAAUUAGUAAAAUCUGAAUUUUAUAAAAAUUUUGAUAACAAUUUGAUAAAACAUACAAUGCAUUGAAAAAAAUAUAAACAAAUGUAUCUUUAGAUCGAUUGGACCCUCCACAGUCACUUAAAUGGUAGUUUAUAUAUAUGGUAAGUGCCGCGAGAAAAUAACCUCUAAUGGAAAGCAUAAAACCGGUAGAAAAUAUCUCGAAAUGUAUCAAAACUAUUUGUCCAUCACCAGAGGAACUUAGUGUCAUAACAAAUAAUGUAAAGUGCGAUAAAUGCGGGCUCGUAUUUAAAAAUGGACCGAGGUAUCGUUUACACGAUCUUAAAGUACAUCAACGUAAAAAUUUAGAUAAAACAAUAAAAGAAAAUGUACAAUAUCAUUGUCCGGUAGAAUCUUGUAUUUAUGCUCCAAAAGCUGAAAGACAUUUUAGUACUAUGAAAUAUCUUAAACAGCAUUAUCUUAAGGUACAUGCAAAAAAAACAUACGCAUGUACUCGUUGUGAAAAAAGUUUUUCUACUGAAUCAGCGAAAGAAGGUCAUAUGAGGAUAUGUGGAAUUGAAUUUGCAUGUUCUUGUUCAAAAACUUAUACGUCCUAUGAAGCCUUGCUUACACAUGCAAAACGAGCUUUACAUACAAUAAAUGAUAAAUAUAAAAAUUCCUUGAAACGCACAAAUUCUAAAACAAUGAGAUUGAUUUUAUCAACUAGUCAAACUGAAAUAAAUAAACUAGUUACAAUACUACCAACAAAUCAAAAUGAAAAUAGAAUAUCUAAUUGUAAUAAUGAUUCCACGCAGAAAUGUACAUCAGAUAUUGGUAUACAAACUGAGGAAUACAAGAAGAACAAAAGAAUAUCAAGUCCAUUAAAGCAUGUUAACAAUAACGGAAAGCGUGGAAUAUCUAAACAAACACAGACAAGUGUCUCUCAAAGAAUUAGACAAAAUGUAAUGUCCAUGGAAACACAAACACAAGCUUCACAAACAUUUAAGAAUUCGCUAAAGCCUCAGAAAGAUGGAAAAAAUUCUGUAUCUCAAAAUUCUGAUUAUACACUGUUAAAGGAAGACCUUAAUCUUGGCAACUUUACAGCCUCAAAUUUAUUUCCUAGUAGUCCAUUACCACUUCGUCAUGAUGAUGGAUUACAAGAUUUUUGGGAAGAUAAAAGUACAUCAGGCACUCAAACAAUACCUGAAAAAGACAUGUUUGAAGUUCUCAAUGAUAAUGUUACUCAGACAGAGUUUGAAACAUUUUAUGAUCAUAGUACAAAUCCAUUAAUACAGUGUACUCCAAAGAGUACAGUUGCUUUGAUGACUUUACCUUAUGUUGAAGAAACGUCGACCGUUGUUGAAGGAUAUUCCUUUGUAUCCUCAAAUAGCAUGUCACGGUCAGAUCCCAUGCUUACAGAUAAAACUUUUGAUGAUAAAUUUAGCAGUAUAGAAACUCAAACUGAACAAGCUUAUUCACAAUCAUUUUUUGAUUCAGAUCCUUUAACCAGAUCAUUCGCUCUAAGUUCUACCAUUGAAACACAAACUACAAAUAAUCUUGAUAACAUGGAACAGCUAUUAUAUAGUAAUACAUGCACACAAACAUGUAAUGAAAUACUACCGACUGAUCUAGGAUUAUCUAACAUUCAAACACAAACACCUUGGACUCAACUCGAGGACACUACUGUUUCUGCUGAAACGCAGACAAAAUCCUUGAUAUGUGAAACAGGUUGCAAUAUUUCAAUAGGUGCAUGUCGUUCCUGGUUGAGUACUCAAACUAGUCACACUGAAACACAAACUGAUUUACUUAGUAUUUUUGAAGGUCUUCAAUAAUAAAAUAUUCAAUCUUUGUACAUAUGGCAGUAUAACAAUUGAUACUUAGGAAAACUAUUUUAAGUUUAAAUCGAAAAUAAUUUGUAUUUGAUAUUGCAAAUGAGAUUAUUUUUCUGUAUUGUUAUUUCGUAUUUUGGUAUUUUUUAUAUUUUGUUAUAAAUUAUUUAAAUUCUUAUAUAUGUGCAAUUUGUUAAUGGAACAUUACAUGUAUCGAUCAAGAACUGCAUAUCUUUAAAAAGAAUCUUUAAAUGUUUUAAAUUUACUGUAUUGUACAGUAUCCAUUGCCACAAUCUUAAACUAUAUAUUAUUUCCAGAAUGAGAAUAAACACAAUGCAGGCAAUGUAAUUCUGUUACAUGUAAUUAUUAAAAUUAUUAAUUUAAAACUUGCACAAUGAAGACUAUUAUUAAUAUUGAAUUUAAAUUUUAAGGGGGCAAAUAAGCCUUGAAACUUUUUUUCUAACUGAGAUAUAAUGUGAUUUCAAGUAAUAUAUUACAAAUAAAUUAAAUUAAUAAAGUUCAAGCCAUAUAACAGAUACAAGCUAUUGCAUUUCGAAAUAAACUAUAAAUAUAAAAUAUAAAAGUGUAUAAGUAAUUUUCACUUAUAAACAUUGAUCUAUAAAUUUUACGAUAAUUUUAUGACAUAUAUUAUAAAGAUAAAAUAUUUUAUUAUAAUAUACAAUAUAUGGUUUUGAAGUUUUUAGCUUAAUUAUUUUUUAAUAUAUGUAACCAAAAUUAUGAUUUUUAAAUUGAAAUAUUUGCAAUUGUUUAUGUGUCACAUACAAAGGUAAUUUUUAAAAGUUUAAUUAUAUAUGUAUUGUUACUAUACAUUGUUGCUUCAAAAAACAUUUGUGAAUUUGUAUAAUUACAACUUUGUUUGAAAAAAGAUUAACAUUUCUGAGACUCAAGAGUCAUAUACCCCCUUAAAUAGAAAAAUAUGUGAAGAAUCUUGUCUGCUUCAAGUGUAAUUGUUUAACUGAUAGUUUCAACAUUUACAAAGAAAUAGAACAUGUAAUUUGAACUGUACACGUAACAUUGUUACAAUAACUAUUAAAAUAUUGUUUUUCUUUUAACAA